UCGUUUGAAACAAGAGAAAGUACAAGUUACUUUGGAAGGAGAAAAACUUGGAACAUAUCAAAAUACCUCAUCAUCCUUCAUCAUCCUCAUCCAUAAACCUCAUCAUCUUUCAUCUUUCAUCUUGUCAUCUAAUAUCUACAAUAUGAUAACAUUAAUUACCAAUGAAACAAUUAAAAGAUCAGUAUUUUCAUCGUCAACGUUCAUAGUAGAUUGUAUUCUAUCAACUUUAAUCCUUUUUAUCAUAAUUAAUCAAAAAUUUAUCCAAGUUUCAUGUUCCAAGAAUUUAAGUUUCAUCCAAGGUUCACCAAUUAAGUGCGCAAACGAAGGUCAGUUGAUUAAAGUUCCGUUCCUGCCCAAGGAUCCAUGUAACAUAUCAUGUAAAUGUGUCGCUGGUGAGGUUACAUGUCAAAGGGAAUCGUGUUUCGGUUUUGAAGGCGGAGGUCGAAGUGGACUAAGUGGUAGUGGGCUUUUCAAUUCCGGAGGGUUCGGUAGUGCCAAGGCAAGUGUAUAUCAAAAUGGUGUCGGUAGUGGCAGUGUCUCUGCGAUUGGAAUCAAUAACAACAAUCGUAAUAAAGUUAAUUCUAAUCAUCAGCAACAGUUAAACAACAAAAACGGUUUCGGUGUUUGUAAAAUUGAUUCAAAUCCGUCACGAUUAUUGACCUUUGAUGGUUUUUCCUACAAGUAUAUUGGUCGUUUUAAUUAUGUUGCAACUCGAGAUUGUUCAAAGAAAAUUUUCUCAGUUCAUUUAGUGAAUACUGAUUCAGGUAAUGAAUCAACUCCAUCAUCAUCCUCAUCCUCAUCUUCAUCUUCAUCUUCUUCAUCAUUUUUACCUGCAACUUCCGCUGCUUGGACUAGUAAUACAAUUAAAGAUCAUCAUCCCCUCAUGAACACUAAUUCCAAUCAUCACCAAUUAAAUUAUUCAAUUAUAACAAGUAAUCAUCUAGACCAAUCAUCUAAAUUAACACCACCAAUUAGACCUUCAUUUAAUACAAUUGUCGUUAAAAUUAAAGGAAUUAAAGUUCGAAUAAGUCAAUCGAGUGUUAAAAUUGGACGAAAAGAGAUCAAUUUACCUUAUGUCAAACUCGGUGUCCUUUCGGUCAUUCGAGAUGGACCUAAGAUUAUAGUUCGAUCAAAUAUUGGAAUUCGUGUAACAUGGAAUCGUCAUGAUACAACUCAGAUUUUCAUUCCUCGUAGUUAUAAAGGUCAAGUUUGUGGACUUUGUGGGAACUUCAAUGGUAAUCCAAAGGACGAUUUAAAGACUAAACGUGGAUUAAGAUCAACCGAUCUGACGAAGUUCUUUAAUUCUUGGAAAGUUGGUGGACAUCGAAGUACAAAAGAUGUAAUUGUUCUCAAAUUGUAUCAAUAUACUCGAUUACGGACUAAGAAGAAGAAAAUUUUCAACAUGAGUUGACCAAGAAGGAGAUAGAGAGAGAAGACGAACAAUAAUAAGAAUAAGGAAGUAAGAUGAUGAAGGAAGAUGAAAAAGGAAACAGUGAUAAAGGUGAUGAGGAUGAACGAGAAGAGGCGAGAAAGUGAAAGAGAGAGAGAGAGAGAGAGAGAGAGAGUAUAUUAUUAAUAAAAAAUAUAAGCUUUACAUCAAUUUUUUUCGCUCAUAAGAUUCGUGCAGAUAAUAUAGAGACAAAGAAGCUAAUGGGUGAAGAGAGACCAAGAUAUUAAUUAACACAAUUACAUCGCGUAUCGUUUAGUCCAAAGUCUUGCAAUUCGAUCA